AUGGUCCUCACGGACGUGAUAAAGCGGUGGCAUGAACUCAAAGGAGAAAAGGCGUUGCUAUGCACCGGAACAGAUGAACAUGGCCUAAAGGUUCAGAGAGCAGCUGCAAAAGCUGGCAUUGACCCGAAACUGUUCUGCGAUAAGGGUGCCGAGAUCUUCAGAGAACUUGCAGCCAAAGCCGAAAUCACGAACGAUCACUUCGUACGGACGACGGAUAGAGAACACAAGGAAGCUGUCGAGUAUGCAUGGUUCCUGCUACAAGAGAAGGGCCUCAUAUACGAGCAGAAGCAUGAGGGAUGGUAUUCAGUCACCGACGAAUGCUUCUACCCACAGUCUGCCGUACAGCCAUAUCUUGACCCACCCACAGGGAGGAAGAUGAUGACAUCGAUUGAGACUGGCAGUGAAGUAGAGUGGUCUUCAGAAGUCAACUACCACUUCCGGCUCUCGGCAUUCCAGGAUAAGUUGCUCGAGUUCUUCAAGAACAACCCCGAAUGGAUAACCCCAGAGCACCGCAUGAAGGAGGUUGUGCAAGCGGUCGAAUCAGGACUGGAGGACCUGUCUGUUUCUCGACCGUAUGAACGAUUAACGUGGGGUAUUCGAGUUCCCGGAGACGACUCGCAGACCAUCUACGUAUGGCUCGACGCGCUGAUGAACUAUGCGACUAAGGCCGGAUACCCGUGGACACCAGGCCGCGAACAAGCCGGAGGCUGGCCCGCGGACUGUCAUGUCAUCGGCAAAGACAUUGUGCGAUUCCACUGCAUUUACUGGCCCGCCUUCCUCAUGGCCCUUGGACUUCCAUUGCCCAAGAAGAUUCUGACACACGCUCACUGGACUCUUGGAGGGUCAAAAAUGUCCAAAUCUACUGGCAGGGUUGUCGAUCCUUUCCACGCCCUUGAUCGGUUCGGUCCGGAUGUUAUGCGCUUUUACAUGGCGCGCGAGGGUGGUAUACAAGACGAUGCGAGCUAUGACAAUUUCCGCAUCAUUGGUUUGUACAACAAGUUCUUGAACCAGCAACUCGGCAACCUGGCUUCUCGUGUUACACGAGGCAAGAAAUGGAGCGUCCGUGGCGCAGUCGAGCGUGUUGGUGGGUGGCCAGCGGAGGAGUGGGCGGAAGGACCAGGUUCCAAGUUCCGGAAUAAUUCUCUUGCUACCAUCGCCUCGCAAGUAGAUGCAUCUUUUGAUGCCUACGAUCCGCGUAAAGCCGUGUCUCAAAUCGCAGAGUUUGUCCGAGGGUCGAACGCUUUCUUCCAGAUGUCGCAACCAUGGGACAAGGUCUUGACCUUUGGCCCAGGAGAGCCUGGCGAGGAUGUCGACAAGAUCAUUUAUCUUGCUGCUGAAGCACUUCGAAUCACCGGUAUCCUACUACAGCCAUACAUGCCGAACAAAGCACGCAUGCUACUUGAUCAGCUAGGCGUACAGCAAGAUCGAAGAACCUUUGAAUACUGCAAGCCUGGCGCUGAUCUAGACUACGGCACUCCGUUGGUAGAGCUGGGUGCAGCGCACAAGGGUGUGUUGUUUCCCCCACUGCCGAGCGAGGGAUGA